CUCAACCGCCAGCCUACGAGGAUUCCUCUACCCUCUCCCUCCUCCCCCUCUCCCCACACUAUCCCCUCUACGAUUGUUUAUCGUUGGUCUCUUCGACCGUACGGCUUCUUUGCAAUAUGUUCUCCCGUGCUGUUCGUCCGGCUGUGAGGGCUGGUAGCAUUGCGGUCUCCCGCACUGCUCCUCCCAAUGCCGCCAACUUCGCGACUCUGCGUGAAAUCGAGGGCCGUCUCAAGUCCAUCAAGAACAUCGAGAAGAUCACCAACACCAUGAAGGUCAUCGCCUCCACCCGUCUUACUCGCGCCCAGAAGGCCAUGGAGGACUCUCGCACCUACGGUCAGACCUCCAACACCGUUUUCGAGAACGCCGAGACCAAGCCUCUCGAGGACAAGAAGACUCUGCUCGUCGUCGCCAGCUCCGACAAGGGUCUUUGCGGUGGUAUCCACUCCGGUCUCAGCAAGGCUACUCGUCGCAUGCUCCAGCAGCACCCCGAUGCCGACAUCGUCGUCCUCGGUGAGAAGGCCAAGGCUCAGCUGUCUCGUACCAACCCCAACGCCAUCGUCCUGAGCUUCGCCAACGUCUGCAAGGACAUCCCCACCUUCAAUGACGCUCAGUCCAUCGCCGACCAGAUCUCUCAGCUGCCCACCGACUACGCCAGCGUCAAGAUCAUCUACAACCAGUUCAUCAACGCCCAGUCCUACGAGGCCGGUACCGUUGAGGCUUACUCUGAGGAGGCUAUCACCCAGUCUCCCAACCUCUCUACUUUCGAGACUGAUGACCAGACUCUGGCCCACCUCCGCGAAUACGCCCUUGCCAACAACCUCUUCUGGGCUAUGGCUGAGGGUCACGCUUGCGAAAUCUCCGCUCGUCGUAACGCCAUGGAGAACGCCUCCAAGAACGCUGGUGAGAUGAUCAACAAGUUCCAGAUCUUGUACAACCGUCAGCGUCAAGCCGCCAUUACCGGUGAACUGGUUGAGAUUAUCACUGGUGCCACCGCCAGUGCGGACAUGUAAAAGCUUCCAUGAAGCUUGUGUGGGGAGGAGUCGCCAUGUGUGUAGACUUACUCAUAAAUACCUAGAUGCUUGUCAGCCUGUAAAAUCUAUCACUAUCUUUUCUUUGUCAUUGUCUUUUUGUGUUCUCAUGACCAAUUGGUAGCGUGGAGGGAAUGCCGCUGUCAUUACACAAUAUAGGCGGGAAUAUCAAACGGGAACUUCCCGUCACUUCACGUUUGCAUUCACAGGCUGAACUUCACGUAUUCGGGGGAAGUCCCUUCCAUUCACUGCUUGCCUUGACAGAUGUGUCCGGACCUGUCAACAAUCCCCCUCUCGGCGUUUGUUUCCUUCUCUUCCUGCACCUACUCGCAACGCCCAUCACUUUCCCCUCACGCCUACGCCAUCUUGUAUCUCUCAUACUGCACAUCGUCAC